AUGUCGGAUCGCCCAUCACACGUCGAAAAGGGCUCACCCUGGAAGCACUACCAGGCCGAAUUCGAGCUCAACGAUCUCGGGGGUACUUUGACAGUGGCGUCAAGACAUCGAAAACUGUUCCACAUCAGCGAACUGGCCCGCACGGAGUCGAAAGAGGUCCUGGAAAAGCUGAAAAUGCUCCGUCACCCCAACAUUGUCGAGUUUAUCCAGGCGUACAUCACGCCCACAUCUUUCCACGCCGUCUUCGAAGCCACGGCUGUCAGUCUGUUACAUGUGGCAAGAUGUCCGAUUUAUCCCGACGAAGCGCAGCUGGGUGCCAUAGUCGGGCAGUACACGCUUAGGGUUCCGGCAUCUGACGUUAGAAACCGUGUAGCCGAACAGCACCUCUGCCAACCGCUCAGAGGCCACAGCCGCCGUCAUCUCACGGCUCUCAGCCGUGUCGUUCAACUCCUCAUGCAAAAGUACUGCAAAGAAACGCCAGGCAUCGACGACCUCGGUCGCUGGGCGCCCGACUCGGACGGGUUUGCUUUCCUCGUCGCGAUCGAUUCUGCGUCGUCCGUCGCUGAGUUGCAGAGUGUUCGUAUCACCAGCUACGUUUGA